AUGGAGGUUCCCUGUUAUCUGCCCAAAUUGCUGUUUGAGCUCAAUGAGCAGCGAAAGCGAGACUUCUUCUGCGACUGCAGUAUCCUGGUAGAGGGGCGUGUAUUCAAAGCCCACCGUAACGUGCUAUUUGCUGGAAGCGGCUAUUUCCGGGCUCUUUUGGUUCACUACCUGCAGGACAGCGGACAGCGCUACAGCACAGCAUCGCUGGACAUCGUAACAGCCGACGCCUUCUCUGUCAUCCUCGACUUCCUCUAUUCUGGCCGCUUGGCCCUUAACAGCAACAACGUGAUUGAGGUGAUGUCAGCGGCUAGCUAUCUGCAAAUGACAGAACUCGUGAACUUCUGUAAAGAGUACAUCCACUCAUCUUUGGAGAUUUGCAACAAGGAUAAGGAGAGGAACACGAAGAAAGAGAACCAGAAGGACAAUGAAGCAACUGGACCCGCGGACAGUGGAACUCCUUCUGCAACUGUUGCUGGGGGCACAGGUAUUACAGGGACAAGUUCAGAGGCUGCAAAAGUAGAUGGGGGGUCGGGUUUAGGUCCUGAGGAAGGUACUUCAACAAGUACCCCCUUGUCUACCGCAAUUGCCACCCCAGUGGGCUCCAGUAGAAACAUUGACAGCGCUUAUUCCUCUAGGGAGGGGUUUCCACCUGAGAGGGAAGACCAAAAGGGUCACAUGGAUCAGACCAAUCUCUCUUCCUCCUCAUCUUCUGCUUUGACCCCAGAGUUGGUGAACCCUAAAAUAGAGUAUGACCCUGAUGAGGAACUCGUAGAGUCCCCCGACACCAAAGACCUUGCGCCAUAUCCUGGGUCCUCUCUGCAUGGCACGCAUCAUAGCAGGUUACUUCUUCAAAGUCCCUCAGCCUCCAAUGAGCGGUCCCCUUUAGGAUACAGCCCUUCAUUUAACACCCGACAGCUGAUGGAGAUUCUGUCCAGAGGUGAAGGCCCCCGAGGCCCCAGUCCUGUAGGGGACCGAGUAAGUCAGCGCUUCAACCAAGGACUCGGCAGCAGCACAGGAAGUAGCAGAAUGGAUGAAAGUUUGGGCUUUGUUGGGUCAUCUAUCAUGGAGAUCCAGUCUGAUUGGCUCGGAGAGGACACAGGCGAUGGCUUGGUAGUUCCAGUAAAACUCCACAAGUGCCCUUUCUGUCCAUACACUGCCAAGCAGAAAGGAAUCAUGAAGCGACACAUCCGCUGCCACACCGGAGAGAGGCCCUUCCCUUGUCCCAUGUGUGGCAAGCGGUUCACACGACAGGAGCAUCUCCGGACCCACGCACUUAGUGUUCACAGGCACUACUGGCCAGUAUCAUGCAAGAGCUGCAGGCGAACGUUCACAGGGUCAAACGUCUCCCCGGGAUUGAGGCGCUUCGGCAUCUGCGACAGCUGCAACUGCGUGACCACCACUCAUGAAGAUUCUGCGCCCGCUGACCCGUCCAGCCAGCCAGAGCCCAUGGUGCGUGCGGAUGGGACCACAGACUGGUCAAGCUUUAUGGACGAUGUGGACGAGGUGGAGGUUGGCAGAGUGGAGGACUUAGUGGAGAAACAGAUGCUGGAAAGACAGCUUGCUGAAUGCUCUGAUGUCGGUCAUACACUGUGAAUUUUACCAUCAACUAGUAAUAAAACAGGGCCUCAUUGCACUUACUAUUACUGCAAGGUUAUUUAUUUAUUCACUCAUUUGUGUCCUGAAUUUCCGGUCCAAAGCUGCCUGUCAUUGUGUGUCAGUGAUUAGUUAGUAGCAGGAAACCUGUCUGCCAUUUGUGAAAUCGUCUAGAUGUAACUUUAAAUUUCAAACGUGUACAGUGCCAACAAAAAGUAUUCACAGCCGUUCACUUUUUCAGAACCUUGAGUAAUUAAACAUGAUUUUAAAUGGAGAUCGAGCGUGCGCCUGUGUCUUCAAGGUGCUGCGGUUGUAUCAAAACAGAAACCAAGCAACGAAGUCAAAUGACUUGUCUGUAGACCUCAGAGAUCGGAUUGUGUCAAAUCACAAAUCUGUGAGCAUCACUAGGUUCAAAAAGGAGAUAAGAUUGUUAUUCAAUAAAAUAUUAAGCCUUGAUGUAAAUAUUUAUGAAACAACAGAAUAACAAGAUUAUGGCAAUAUUGACAAUAGGGGGAAAAAACAGUUCUGAAAAGCAGUUUCUGCCUUGUCAUUAUGGAGAUUUGUUUGGAGCUUGUUAGGAAAUGAAAAUUUCACAAAUCUUGUUUAAAAUACAGCAUAUGAAUUCUUUUUGUUUGCAUUGUACGUGGAUGUAAAGAAAUUUAAAUUUCUCCGAGUUGCUGUACGGGGAAAUGAAGAUUUUGUACUCAUCCAGCAGGAUCGGGAUUAAGGCGUCAAUCAUGAAUUCAAAUAAAUAAUUGUCUCUAACA